AUGUCGACCGAGAAUGGGGAACCGCCCGCGACGACGACCGUGUCGUCUUCAGCCUCUCUGCCAGUUUUCACCUCGUACAAACUCCGAAAAAUCCCUCCCAUUCCCCUCCGUCGGCUGCACAGGUCUGACGCCGCCGAAUUGACUCUCGAUGAUUUUACCGAUUUCUCCGGAAACAUUAAUGAAGAAGAAGGGGAAGAGGAGGAAGAAAAAGAUCAGGAAGAAGACUAUUCGGGAUACGAAUCGCGAGAUCCGAACGAAAAAGCUCCGAUAAUUCUCCCGUCUUCCCUCGGCUUGAACCAUAUCCGGACGCGAUCCGUUCCGUCUCCUUCUCCUCUUAGGUUUUCGUCCUCCGCCGGCACGUCUCUGAAGGUUCCCAAUUCUAAAGACCAAAACGACGAUAAAGAGGAGAAACGCCGGGGAGAAGGACGGACCAAGGCGUCUAUUAACCAUUUGAUGCCCCCUGUUGACCCCGGAAGAAGGACUUCAUGGAGUCAAUCGAAAUCCUUACGUCAUCCAUCGCCGCUCAAUCUAGCGUUGGAGACCCACCAUGCAGCAUUUGCCAAGGAACUGCAGUCGCCGCGGUUCCAAGCCAUCAUGCGCAUUACCAGUGGCAGGAAAAAGAAAGGCCCCGAUGUCAAGAGCUUCUCUCAUGAGCUCAAUUCCAAAGGUGUUCGGCCUUUCCCGAUGUGGAAGUCUAGAGCAUUGGGACACAUGGAAGAAAUUAUGGUUGCAAUCAGGGCAAAAUUCGACAAGUUGAAGGAAGAGGUAGAUUGUGAUUUGGGUAUAUUUGCUGGGGAUCUGGUCAGUAUAUUAGAAAAGAUCUCCGAGACUAAUCCUGAAUGGAGAGUGAGUUUAGAGGACUUGCUGCUCAUUGCUCGAAGAUGCGCAAAGAUGCCCUGUAGUGAAUUUUGGGUGAAAUGCGAGGGAAUCGUUCAGGGUUUAGAUGACAGGCGCCAGGAGCUACCAAUGGGGAUCCUUAAACAAGCACAUACCCGCCUUUUGUUCAUCCUCACUCGAUGCACCAGGCUUGUGCAGUUCCAAAAAGAGAGUUGUUACGAGGAAGAAAACAUUCUGGGUCUUCACCAGUUGAGCGAUCUUGGAGUUUAUCCACAACAAAUGUUGGCAAUCGCACAUCAGCAGGAUUAUAGUGGGCCAUUGGCAACUGACAACAAGUUGUUAUUAAGUGAUAGCCAGAGAAACAAGUUUCGUGAAGAUCAGACUAGUAUGGCCGUGACACAUGAAAUCCCCGACCCAGAAUUUAGCACUGCCAAAAGUGUUGAUUCAACUGCAAACAGCUUUAGGAUGUCGUCCUGGAAAAAGCUUCCGUGUGCUCCUGACAGACAAAAGAAAGCCCAUGAUGCAGCAGUUGAUGAUACACCUCUCAAACCCAAAUUAGAGUCAUCGCUACAAGGUGAAACAGCAGGAAUUGGUGGUGAUGACAACUCUGAAAUUUAUGAAACUCCUUCUGUACAUCCUCCAUCGACAGGAGGAGCAAGAAAAGCUUCUUGGGGGUAUUGGGGAGAACAUCAUCAUAACCUUACGUAUGACAAUUCGAUGAUAUGUAGAAUAUGCGAGGUCGAGAUACCGAUCGUUCAUGUGGAGGAACACUCACUGAUUUGUACAAUUGCUGAUAGAUGUGAUCUGAAGGGGUUAACUGUGAAUGACCGACUCGAAAGAGUAGCAGAGACUCUUGACAAGAUUCUUGAAUCAUGUACACCAAAGAGCACUCCCAAAAGCCCUGGGAGUGCCCAUGACUUGGACGAGGCGGGUGGCUUUUCUCAUAACUCUCCAGAAGACAUGCUCGAUGAUGGUAUGGCUGAUGCAGCUGAGAAUGCAUUUGUUGUGGAUGAACUGAACGUUCUGCCACCAACUUCAACAGAGUCACGUUCCAGUUUAGUAACAGAUGCAGAAUUAAAAGCAUCUUCAUCAGGAAGCUUAACGCCACGAUCACCAUUGUUAACUCCAAGGACUAGCCAGAUUGCAUUGCUGUUAAGUGGCAGGAGAACAAUUUCUGAACUGGAGAAUAGUCAACAGAUAAGCAAGUUGUUAGAGAUCGCGCGUGUUGUUUCAAAUAUAAACGACAUUGAUUAUAGUUCAUUGGAGUCCAUGCUUGACCGUCUCGAUGACUUGAAGUAUGCCAUACAGGACAGGAAGGUGGAUGCUCUCAUUGUAGAGACUUUUGGACGACGUAUUGAGAAGUUAUUACAGGAGAAAUAUGCGCAUCUAUGUGCACAAAUUGAUGAUGAAAAGCUAGAUCAUUCCAAUCAUAUGGCUGAUGAUGAGAGCUCUGUGGAAGAAGAUACCAUCCGUAGUCUGCGUGCAAGUCCUAUGAACACAUGUUCUAAGGAUCGAACGUCCAUAGAAGAUUUUGAAAUCAUAAAACCGAUUAGCAGAGGAGCAUUCGGACGGGUUUUUCUCGCCAGAAAAAGAGCCACUGGUGACAUGUUUGCUAUAAAGGUCCUAAAGAAGGCUGAUAUGAUUCGAAAAAAUGCUGUUGAAAGCAUAUUGGCAGAGCGCAACAUCUUGAUUUCACUUCGCAAUCCUUUUGUGGUUCGAUUUUUCUACUCAUUCACGUGCAGGGAAAAUCUCUAUCUAGUUAUGGAGUAUCUGAAUGGCGGAGAUCUCUACUCUCUGUUAAGGAACUUGGGUUGCCUGGAUGAAGAUAUGGCUCGUGUGUACAUUGCAGAAGUUGUGCUUGCUCUAGAGUAUUUGCAUUCUUUGAAUGUGGUUCACAGAGAUUUGAAGCCGGAUAACUUGUUGAUUGGUCAGGAUGGUCAUAUAAAGUUGACAGAUUUUGGGUUGUCCAAGGUUGGUCUUAUCGAUAGCACCGAUGACUUAUCUGGUCCACUAAGAAGUCCUGGUUUUCUUAGCAAUAACGCACAGUUUGAACAAACAACAUCAAUGAGAGGAGAGCGACAGAAACAUUCAGUUGUUGGUACUCCAGAUUAUUUGGCCCCAGAGAUUCUUCUUGGCAUGGGACAUGGUGCUACUGCAGAUUGGUGGUCUGUGGGCAUUAUUCUUUUUGAGCUGCUUGUAGGCAUUCCUCCAUUCAAUGCCCCAUCUCCUCAGCAAGUAUUCGACAAUAUAAUGAAUAGAGAUAUACCAUGGCCUAGGGUACCCGACGAGAUGAGUUAUGAAGCAUAUGACUUCAUUGACAAACUGCUUACAGAAAAUCCAGUGCAAAGGCUUGGGGCAACGGGCGGCAAAGAGGUGAAACAUCAUGCUUUCUUUAGAGACAUAAAUUGGGAUACGCUUGCAAGGCAAAAGGCUACGUUCAUACCAGCUGGAGAAGCACUUGAUACGAGUUACUUCAUGAGCCGGUAUAUAUGGAAUCCUGACGACGAUAAUGUUCGUGGAGGUAGUGAUUUUGAUGACCUGACUGACUCAUGCAGCACCAGUUCACUCGGAAAUACACCAGAUGAGGAGGGAGAUGAAUGUGGUAGCUUAACCGACUUUGGUGGUCCUACACUUGCUGUGAAGUAUUCGUUUAGUAAUUUCUCCUUCAAGAACUUGUCUCAGUUGGCUUCGAUCAACUAUGACAUGGUUAUCAAGAGUAGCAAAGAAGCAGCCGAUGAUUCCAAGCAAUCUGUUCCCUAA